AUGUCGAGAUUUUCCCGGUCAAUUAUGUUGCCUAUUGUCUUCUGCCUGGUUGCCUUCCAGGCUCACCUUUCCUUGGCCCAGGUCCAAAAUAUCCCGCCGACCACCGCACCGGUUCCGGCGGGCGGGUUGAUCGCAAAAGCCUGCGAACAGGCCAACCACAAAGCAUUCUGCAUUAACCUUUUGAAUUCCGACAAGAACAGCCAGGGAGCCGAUUUGAGAGGGUUGGCCUACAUUGCACUGAGGCUGGCCGAGAAGAACGCCACGGCGACCUCGUUGUUCAUCAAGCUGACCCUGAACAAACCGGAGGCCGCCGGGUCGGACGGGCUGACCGAAUGCAGUGAGCUCUUCGUGUCUGCCGUGGAGCUGAUCGAGGACUCCAUCAGCUCGUUGGUUUCCGACAAAUACGACGACGUUAACAACCUGGCUAAGAGCGCGGCGGCGGAGCUGGAUACCUGCGACGGGAGCUUGCAAGGACAGGUGGGGAGUGCCUUGGAGGUUGCGAACAAGAACCGGGAUAUCCGCCUCUUGAUUAACACCGCCCUGACCAUCGCCCGUGUCGCCGCCGCGUCCGUCGGAAGACCGGCGCAUUAA